AUGUUUUCUACUGCUGAAAUCAAAGAACGUCUAACGAAGGCCUUUUCAUCUUUGCAGGAAAAUGUCCACAAGGGUAAGCUUACUCACUCUAAAGAAAUCCAAGCAUUCCAAAAGUACUUUGAAACUGGCUAUGACCCAACGAAGCUUGUUGGAACCGUUUGUGACGCAACGCCAAUUUUAAAAGAAAAAUUUGAAAAGAAAAUUGCCAAAAGAAAAUCUCUCAAAGCUGUGUGGAAUGUUUGGAUUUCUUGGUUUUACAACUCCCUUUCGUCUUUUUGCAAAUCUUUUAAACAUUUGCAUGUUUCGACUAACUCACAUCCUUCUUUAGCUGUCGAAAGGAAGGUGGCGAAGAAAGAGAAGCCUGUGGCGAAGGCUAGUUCAAAUACUGCUUCUAGGCCAACUACCUCUUCAAGCCAGGGAGUGCCUUCUGGUGCUGCUCCAGAAAAAACGAAGAAGAGUUCAAAGGGUAGUGGCAAGCCUCCUUUGACGUCCAAGAAAAGAAAAUUCUCCACUGCUAAUGUCAUUCUUGUCGAAGACGAUGAAGAAGAUACUCCUCCAACUCCACUCAAGAAAAAGCAGAAAAAGAAUAAGGCAACAGUUUCCCCUUCCCAAACAAAUAAACAACAAGGUGUCGAAACCAACAUUCUCCCUCCUCUUCUAAAGAAAACUCCACCCCAGCCCUCUGGUGGCGAAGCAUUGGAGCACAUUGGGAGCAAUGCCUCCGAUCCUGAGCCUCAACAGGACAAAGCCACCACUCCCCUCAUUUCUACCGCCAAUCAGAGUGAUCCUUCGAGCGGCAUGAAUCCAUCUCCUCCUCCGAAAAUCAGCGGUGCUGUCCAAAACAAAGGAUCUUCGACUAGAGCUCAAAAUCUCGAAGCAGAUAACGCCCAGAACGAAGAAGAAACCUCUUCUCCUGGUGAAGAUGGUAAAAGAGAUUCGAAGCACGUUGACGAGAAGGACUCAACAGGGAAAGAAGAUUCUGAGGAUACUCCUAGUAAUUCUCCUACAAGAGUUGUGUUCCCUUCAGAUGAUGCUGAUGAGGAUGAUCAGGAUUCUGAUGAGAUUGAGGGGUAUUUUCAGGAAGAUGAAGACAUGAAUGCGGGAGAAGCUGAUACUGAAGGAAAUAAAACUGGAAUUGGUGAUGCCAACGUCGAGACGGUCCCAAAUCCAAUUAAAGUUCGACGAUCCAUCACUCAGACUUCACCUAUAUCACUUACUAAGGAGGAGAAAAAAGAUUUAAAACAAAAUGAUCCCCUCAAGUAUGUGAGGUUAAUGAUGGCUCAAAGAGAGUCUUCUUUAGAGCAAAGUAUUUCUGGAGCUUCGACCCAUUCCGGUGCUAGUGCAAACGAAGCAUCACAUGACGAACUCCUUCAGCAGGUGAAGAAGACAGUUUUUGAUGUAGAUCUCUUUGAAGAAUUAAGGAAUAAUGUGGGAAACCUAAUUGAUCAAGUUUGUGCUGAAUAUCAUAGGGAGGUGGAAGCCAAAACCAAAAUUCUAUCAACUGAAAAAGCUCAAGCCACUGAGUUUGAUAAUUCCCUUCAAAAUUCACAAGCUUCUGAGGAGUUAGCCGCUUCCAGAAAAUCAGCCCAAGCAGAAUUCGACACUUACACUACUUCGAUACGUCUUUGGGAAUCUCCGAUUGCAGAAUUGCAGAAGAAGAUUUCUGAUGCUAAGGCGAAGCAGGCUGCUAUCCAAGGCUUGGAUAGUACUGAAGUUGAUGAUCUGGCGAAGCACAGCGUGGAUUAUAUCGAAAAGGUUAUGACUAUGAAUGAAGAUAUUGCACGCCUCAGAGGUGUUCAAGCGGCUGUUCAAUACAAGAUUGGCUUGGCGAAGAAAAAGUAUGAUCGGAUGAGGGCCACUAUUCCUUUUUGA